AUGGCCACCCAAUCACCCAAAGAAAAAGCCGAAUACCUAGUCACAUCGCUCGAACAACACGGCCAAGGCGACUACAUAGGCGAAUCAAUCAGCCAACUAGAACACUGUCUCCAAGCAGCCCACAAUGCACAGAAACACGGCGCACGAAGCGAGCUCAUAGUCGCAGCUCUCCUCCACGACAUCGGCCAAAUCAUCCCCCUCGAAUCAACCAAAGAAGUGCGAAUGAAUUUGAAGAACAGCGCCGAAAACGUUGGUCGCGUAGGCCAUGAGAAAAUCGGAUCUGAGUUUCUGCGCUCUCUAGGAUUCAACCCGAGUGUGUGUCAACUAGUUGAGAGUCAUGUUGCGGCGAAGAGAUACCUCACGGCGGUCAAUGACUCGUACUAUGAUUCACUAUCAUCGGCUUCGAAGAAAUCGCUCGAAUUUCAGGGGGGUCCAUUCAAGGGAGCAGAGCUUGCUGCUUUUGACCAGGAUCCGCUGCGUGAUGAGAUGGUUGCAUUGCGGCUUUGGGACGAUGCUGCUAAGGUUCCAGGUAUUGAGGAUUCCACGCCCCGUGCACGGGAAUAUUUGAAUUUGAUAGUGGCGCAUUUGGAGGCACAGGAGGUAGCGUAG